AUGUUUAGCUACUUUAAUUUAUUAUCUUUUAUAAACGCAAAGUUUAAUAUGAUAAAAUAUGAAAUUUAUUCGUUUCGAUCAUUAUUUCAGUGCUUUAUAGCUGAUAAAAUUAUAACUUUUAAAUACUUUUCUGAUUUUUAUCUUACUUUCAAAUCAACAAUUUUUAUAACUAUUUUUAUUUAUUAUUAA